UUGUAGCAAAAUUUGAAGACACAAGCAAAGCCCUUCGAAAUCCUUACUUCGGUUUAAGAUCCAUCAGAAAGCGAAAACCUGUGAGCGGUGAAUAUGCAUCGCCGUCUUCUCGACGCCGGGCUAAGUGUGUCUCCGGCAUAUAGGAAUAAGACCCAUGAAUCGUUCGUGCGAGAUGUAAACUUCGACGCGAACAUGGUGAUCAUACUGGCGGCUUUGUUGUGCGCAUUAAUAUGCGCGCUUGGGUUGAACUCGAUGGUGCGAUGUGUGUUGCGUUGUAGCCAAAGAUUUUCCACAGAGACCACAGAACAAACAGCUGCCAGGCUUGCCUCAACGGGCCUGAAGAAACGUCACCUGAGCCGGAUUCCGGUGAAAGAGUACGGGCCCGGGGCGAACAUACCGGCGACGGAGUGCCCGAUAUGCCUCGGGGAGUUCGAGAAAGGAGAUAAGGUGCGAAUGCUGCCAAAAUGCAAUCACGGGUUCCAUGUGAGGUGCAUAGACACAUGGCUUUUGUCACAUUCUUCUUGCCCCAACUGUCGCCAUUCGCUGCUAGAGAAAUCCACAAAUCCGAGUUUGAAUUCGAAUGGGAGGAGUGAAGUAGGAGAACCCGCCGGAGCUCAGGCACCGGCAGAUGGGCCCGGCAACAUGCAAGUCCACGCCCUGGUCGUCGACGAGCAGGCAAGUUGAAGAAAUCGUCCAAUCAGAGGGAUUUAGAAAUUUAGUUUUCCUUAGUACAAGGAC